AGAGGAGCAUUUCAAAAGUGAAAAGUCCCUUCCAAGGAAAAGGAGAAUUAGGGUUCCUUCCUCUCUUGCUUUCCCCCCUCCGUCUGUUGCAAAAUCUGGCAUCCUAUAAUCGGCGACAAUGAAGCGCCCUCGCCAGUUGACUUCUGAUAGAAUCAGCAACCUUCCAGCCAACGUAAUAGAUUGCAUUCUCCAGUUCUUGCCCAUAGAAGAUGCUGUAGAAACGUCAACGCUAUCGACACAGUGGAGGAAAAUUUGGGCAGGUAUUCCUAAACUCGUGUUGAAUGGCUUUCUUGCUCGAAUCAAUGACCACGGAGACCAUCCCUCGGAUUCGAAUAGGUCGAUGUUGAACGUCUACAAAAUUCUGAUGCUUCAUGAUGCAAAGAUAGAUAAGUUGGUGCUUGGAUUUCCUGGGUUAAGGCCCUCCCCUGAUAUCGAUCACAUGAUUCUCUACCUCUCCAAGAAAGGCGUCCAGGAUUUGACAAUCAUUUUCGGUGAUGACGACAUCGACAACAACACUACUCGCCCGAAAAGUGGCCGCAAUAUUCCCAAUUCCCUGUUCUCUGCUCGCCAACUCAAGUUGCUGAAACUGCAGGGUUGUGGAUUUCAGGCACCAUCUUGGUUUGUGGGAUUUGGUAGGCUUCUCACUCUUGACCUGAAGAAAGUGCACUUGGGGCCUAAUUUUUUCAACAAAUUCAUCCCCAAGUGCUCGUGUCUAAUAUAUCUGACCCUUAUAGAGUGUGACUUGGACUGUAAGAAGGUCGAACUCGUGGCUCCUUCUCUCAUUACGCUUAUCUUCCACUCGGAUUACCGUAGUAUCUGCUUCAAGAAUACACCACAUCUUUCAACGGUGAGUGCUCUACAGGAUGACAAAUAUAGCUACAAGGAAACCUCAUUCGAGUUGGGCGAGGAGAAGCCAGAUAUAGCUGCUGUAUUUGCAUCUCUCCCUGCAAUUGAGGAGUUAAAUGUUGGCACUGAGUUCUUCCUGUUCUGUACUGCAGGGCAUGUCCCCUACAAGCUUUCCACUGAGCUGCAUCGUCUGAAAGUACUCGUCGUAGAUAAUGUCUUACUGAGUAGUUUGCAGGAGGCUCGAAUUCUCGUUUGUCUCAUAACGAGCUCCCCCAACUUGCAUAGUCUCAGUAUUUUGGUCGAUGUUGAUAACGAUGACCAUCAGCCCACAGAGGUUAUUGGCAGCUUACAGAUGUUGUUGGAGGCAGAGGAAAUCCCUGCCACUUGCUUUCAGUGCCUAGAAGAGUUUAAUAUCCAUGAAUGUCGGGGUACAAAGAUUGACCUCGAACUGCUGAGGUUUGUACUAGCAACUAGCCCCAUGCUUCGUAAGAUUUCCAUUGAGCCAGAAUAUAAAAUGGACUCCAGCAAGGCUCUCGAUUUCUUGAUGGAGGUAACACAAUGUAGACGCGCUUCCAAGGAAGCAGAGGUCAUAUAUCUCAAGUCACAUCAAUGAUCAGGUUGGGAGGGGUACGGGGGUUGUUGUGGCGCGCGCUCAUCUUCCUUUUCAGUUCUCUGGAGUUGGAAUGCAUGGUAAUAUUUUUGUGUUUCUUGUAAAACUGAUGGAAGGAUGUCUGGAUCUAGCUUAGCCUUUAUUUUGGUGGGAGGAGAGCUUUUGUAUCUUCCUUCUGUUCAAAAGUGCUCCACUUCUUUUAGCAGUUGCAGUCCAACUACGUGGUACUAGCAUGAACGAGAAACUUGAUAUGGUUUAUUUGCUUCUCUCGCUGAUAAACUGUUAUCCUGUUAACGCUAUAAUCAAAC